AUGUACAAUGGUUGGAUAGACUCUGUGAAGCAUGUGAGCCAUUUUAACCAGAGAAUAGCUGUACACUCCAAGAAUGAGGACUUGUUGUGCAAGGUGUUCUCAUCUGGCUUGGGGCUUGUGGCAAUGAGGUGGUUUGAUGGCCUGGGAGCAAGUUCUAUUAAUUCCUUUAAAGAACUUACUCGGGUGUUUGGAUCUCAUUUUGUUACGUGCAGCAAAGUUCCUCGGCCCUUGGACUCUUUAUUGUCUAUGACCAUGCAAGAGGGGGAGACCCUAAAAACAUACUCUGACAGGUACUGGGAGAUGUUCAACAAGAUUAAUGGGAAUUUUGAUGACAUGGCUAUAAGCACUUUUAAGGUUGGUCUGCCCGUUGAGCAUGAUUUGAGAAAAUCCUUAACAAGGAAACUCAUUAGAAGUGUGCGUCAGCUCAUAGACCGUAUUGAUGAGUACAAGAGGGUGGUGAAGGACCAACAGUAG